CUAAUCUCCAAACUUACUACAUUUUCAUCUAUAUAUAUACACACACAUUCACUUCCCUAUAACCUAAACCCAACAUAUCAGACAAAACCAAAAUAUUUCUUUGUAGCAAAAUUAUUACAUGGAGAAGGCAAACACCAAAUCUGCUCUCAAGUUUGUAAAGACUGCUUCACAGUCUGCUGUUUCAUGGAGCUCUAACUCCAGAUCAAUGGCUUCUCAGAAGACAUCACCAAAGUCACCAAAGGAACAUACGAGGCCACAAGAUUUCAAACUCCAUACUCAACAAAGAGCACUGAAACGUGCAAUGUUCAACUAUGAGGUUGCCACCAAGCUUUAUAUCAUUCAGCAACAGAAAAAACAAGAAGAAAGAAUUCAAAAGAUGAUAGAAGAUGAAGAAAUUCGUUUGCUGAGAAAGGAGAUGGUUCCAAGAGCUCAAUUAAUGCCAUUUUUUGAUAGACCUUUCUAUCCACAGAGAUCAAACAGGCCUUUGACAGUUCCAAAAGAGCCAAGCUUUCUCAUGAGAGGCAAAUGCUCAACCAUUGUUUGUAGCAGUGGACUUUACCAUUUCCAGCAGAGUCAAGCCCAUUAAUAAUAAGCUUCCCAACAAAUAUUUUAGCUUCUUUGGACUAAUCCUUCUCACGCUGUUUCUUUGGCUUUGGUUGCUGUGUAAAAUAAUCAUUUAGUUUCACUUCUACUAUUUUUCAUUUUGUUUUGUUUUGUUUUUAUAUAAAUUUGCCUUUUUAUUUUUGGGGUGAAUUUUACUAUCUUGUACUAUAGUCACAUAAAGUACCCUGAGUGUCAUAGGCUACUUGUGAUAUUAGUUCAUCCUUUUAGGAGACUUAAUACUAGUCACUUUUCCAUUUAGUCGGAAAAUAAAGACAAAUAUUGUACUCUCGGGUAGUCUUGUAAAAAACUUUAAAAAAAGAAUUGAAAAAAGAAAACUAUAUCCA